CUCUCGCCGCCCCCGCGCGGCUCCCGCCGCGGCGGCGGCCCCGCCCCUGCUCCUGUUCUACCACUCGGGCGGCCUCAUCUACGGGAGCCCGGAGGCGGAGUCGCGCUGGUGCGCCGCCUUCGCAGCCCAGCUGGGGGUGGUCGUCGCCAGCGUGGACUACCGCCUGGCUCCGGAGAGCGCCUUCCCAGCGGCGUUCGAGGACGCCGUGGUGGCGGCCACGGCCCUCCUCCAGGGCGAGGCGCCCCUCGGAGCGGACUGCCCCUUCGACCCGGCGCGGGUGGUGGCCUUCGGGUACUCCGCUGGCGGUCUGCUGGCGUCGCUGGUGGCGCUGGCGCUGGGGGGCACGAGCACGCCGACCGUGGGCCACGUCGUGCACGCGCCCUGGAUGGCGCCCUUCCCGACCGCCAGCCUGAGCGAGUUCUUCGACACCGGCGUCGGCUGGGCGGGCCGCGACGACGCGUGGGCGUGGCAGCGGUAUCUGAGAUGCCUCCGAGCUGCUGGGGGCAGCUUGGGCCACGUGCCAGGGCCACCAGUGGCAACACCCGAUCUUCGCCUCCGAGGAGCGCCUGGCGCAGACCUCGCCGUGCUUCGUGUCGCUCUGCGCGUACGACGUGUGCGCCAGCGGCGCCGAGCUGUACGCGCGGCGGCUGCAGAGCGCCGGCAAGCUGGCCGGGAAGGAGGUGCUGCCGUGCCCGCACGUGACCCUCGCCUACGGGCCCGAGGUGGUGCGGCGCACGGUGCGGCUCGUGGGCGCGCUGCUCUCGUCGGCCCCGCCCGCCGCCGGCUGAGGCUCGCGCCCUCGCCCGGGGCCUUCUCGCGCGGGGGCGGCUCGCCCCCGCGAGGUUCUGCACGAACGAGUUGGGCACGGAAGGCAAUGGGUACCAUGCCCAACAGCGGAUCAUGUUCAUUCUGGACAGGCCCGCGAGGUUCUGCACGAACGAGUUGGGCACGGAAGGCAGUGGGUACUAUGCCCAACAGCGGAUCAUGUUCAUUCUGGACAGGCCCGCGAGGUGUGCCGAGCCGCACGCACGGAGGCGGCCGCUGGCCGGGGUUGGCCUCUGGUGCGCGGGCCCCGUCGGAGGAGCAGGAGGUGCGGAUGCCGCCGCUCGUCGCGGAGAGCUCUCGUCGCCACGGCGGGGCUCUCUGCGAGAGCCCGGCCAGGGCGCGCUCCAGGCGAGAGAUCCGCGGAGCGGCGGCCGCGCACCGGAGGCCCCCCUCCUCGCCGCAGAGGGCCACUCGCGCGCGGAGGCACGGCGCGCGCCGCCGCGCGCGCCGGCGCGGCCGCCUUCGGCGGGACCGCCGCGGCGCGCUGCCGCGCAGGGCGUGCCCCUCCGGAGGAGGGGGGCGCUUCUCCGCUCGCCGCUGCCGCCUCGCGCCGCGCCC